GGUUGUCAAUCCUGGAAAAGGCAGAUUGAGGAGCGGGCGAGUUAUGUCUCAAUGUCAUUUCCGUAAUGGUUGCAAAGUAGCAGUUAGUCGGGGGGAAGAAAAAAAUCAAUGGGAAUGUGAUGGAACUCCGAGAAAUCAUAGAGUAUGGAGCGCAACAGAGAAGCGGCCAGCAUCUACCAACAUAUUCAUGUUCAUUUGCAAGGUGGAGCUCCGUGGGGCUUUACCCUAAAGGGGGGGCUGGAACACGGAGAGCCCCUCACCAUCUCAAAGAUUGAAGAUGGAGGGAAGGCUGCUUUGUCGAAGAAACUACAGGUCGGUGAUGAAAUUAUAAACAUCAGUGGCUCACCGCUAUAUGGCUCAAGACAGGAGGCACUCAUCCUUAUUAAAGGAUCGUUCAGGGCACUGAAGAUGGUGGUGAAAAGAAGAACUGGUCCUGGGAUAAGACCUUACACAUGGCACUUGGCCAAGUCAUCAGAGGCACAGCCUGAGGCCACUACGAUGCCCUAUUCAUCAGGGUCUCUCAGUUUGUCAUGGCAUUCGGGAUAUGAUUCCAACGACUUUCCUAUGCAGUGGGAUCAACUAGCUCUCCAUCAUAGCUUGGAUCAAAGGAGCUCAUUUGGAAGUAUGGACAGCCUUGACCAACCCAACCAAAAUUGUGAUCAAAGCACAUACCCUAACAAAAGAGAUUCUGCCUACAGCUCAUUUUCCGCAAGCUCUAAUACCUCUGACUACACAGUUUCAUCAUCAAUGAAGACUGAUGAGUCUGCUUCCCUGGACAGUAUAUUGCAUAGUUUGGGACCAUGGUUACCAGCGAAGUAUGGAGAUGCCCAGUAUUUGCAAAGCGGAAGUGAAGGUGGGGAACCACUGGCUGAAGAACAGUUAUGUUCUCACUGUGGAAAGAGGUCAUCUGAAGGAGACAAUGUGCCACCAUCCCAUGUGCUUGAUGAAAGUGCUCCAGAUUCUACCAGCUCAGCUCCUCCCCCGCCACCUGUUCGCAGGGAAAGUUUUGUGGCAACUAAAGCCCGCUCUGCAUCUAUGUGUUUGACAAAUUCUGAGGCACUUGCAGCAAAAAAUUUGCUGCUUCAUCGUGGAAGGUGGACUUCUGAAACCUUGUUAGCAAUAAAAAAUAGAGAUUCUGAGGGAGAAUCUUAUUGUGUUCCCAAUUGCUCUACUAGCCCUUCCCAGUACUCUAGUAAAUCCAUGUCUAGUCAUUGUCCAAUAGAGUGUUGUUGUUUGCUAAGGCAACAACCAAGGCUUUACUGUCAUUCUCAUAGGCACAGUGAAGAAAUGAUUUCACAUGAAAAUGUAACACUUCCUAGAAAAUCUGUCCAGUAUUUGAUGGGGCAGUUGAAUUCAUGCAACUUAAUUGAUUCGUCCUUUGUUGCCAGUCAAUACCAGAACACAAACCGAAUGGGUCAAAAUGAAAAAUUAACUUUGAAUGUACAUAGACACAGUGCACCUGAGAGGUUGUUAUCAGUGCAACUACUUCCACAAAUGAUUUCAGAUUGUAAUAAAAAUGGAAUACAGUGUAAUCAGGAAAGAGGUGAAUGGCCCAGUAGUAUAUCAACACCUCAGCAUGGAUAUCAGUCCAAUGCUGGGCGUCCUUAUAAAGCUUUAGACAAAAUUGAUACUUCAUUUGAAGAACAGAUAAAAGAGGAUCCAUUGAGGUCUGAAUGUAUACUGAAGGAAAAGGAACAAGAAACUGAUGGUUCUUCCUACAGUCACUGUAUAGAUAGUCAAGAUCUAUCUUCAUCUUGCAAGACGCAACUCAGUCAAACGAGCUGCAAAGGUGCAACUGCUGAAACGAUAGCCAAUCAACAGGAACCUCCAACCCCGUCGGAUAAAAUGAGUGAAAUUGGAAGCGCAUCCUCAAGUAGUCAUGUUUUGGAAAUAGAGAAUGAAAUUUUCCGAAAUGCCCGGUUAUCAAGUUCCAAAGUAGCAAGAAUGCGGCGAAAAAGUGAUCGCUUUGCCACAAAUUUGCGUAAUGAGAUACAAAUGAAGAAAGCUCAGCUCCAGAAGAACAGGAGUGGUGUUGCACUGCUGCAGAUGGAAGAAACUUCAGAAGAAAUGAGUGACUCAAGAGAGAGGCCAUCCACUUCCUAUACUUGCAUAACCGAUGGGUCUGAAGCCAAUGACAGAGCAGAAGAAACGACCAACACAAAGACAGAGACCACAAGUUCCAAUAAAAACCUGGAUAACACGUCUGAAGAUCAUAAAGCUGGAAGUAUGUAUUUUUGUUCAUUGGCCAGCAACCCCAAUAUUUCACCAAACAAAUGUAAAACAGAAAUAGAUGCACUAUCCAAAACUGUUGAACGGAAGACUGCACAGAAUUCUUGCGGCAGUGACCUAAGGAGGUGGACAUCAGAAAAUAAGCUGGAGUCUCAAAAUAAGAUGAUAAAGGAAAUUGGGGCAGAUGAGGUAAAACCAUGUACAGUGCCAUUGUUGCAAGAACCAGAUACCUCCCCAUUGAUGCCUUUUGCAGAGAGGAGAAGAUUCUUUGAAGAAACUAGUAAAAUCUUCUCUGGAUCUGAUUCUUGUAAUUCGGUAGGGCCCCAGAGUAAAUCAAAUUCAUUAGGAAGGUGUAAAAGUCAUCAUUUAUGCAAUAAGUUGCACGUUCAUCAACGUGAUGAUCUGAGGCAAUCUCCUGAGGAAAAGUUCCAUCAUUCCACAGGCAGGGUUGAUCAGUGCCCUGAGAAAUAUACUGUUUGUUCAUUUAGAGAUAUGGAGAAACAAAAGUACAACAAUCAAGGGGAGAAACAAUGUGAACAGAAAUGUGACAAUUUAGAGCCACUCAAACCAAAUAUAUCACGCACUUUGAAAAAGCAUUGUGUGUCCCAUGUUCGGCAAAUACAACAUGCUGCUGGAGAUCUAUCCAUACGUUAUCAGGAUUUCCAUUCAGUUAACAUUCACCUCGAAGAACCUCACUCGACAACGAGGUUCGAGCAGAUGCCAGCCACUUUAACUAAGGGAUAUCCGGUGGAAAAACUGGAUCAGACUGAGAUAAUAAACAGGAAGUUUUCUUCACCAGAAAGAGAAACAGAGGUGCAAACUCUAAGCAAUGUUCAAGAAGCAUGUUCUGAAUCAAACUCAAAAGAGAAUCUCAAUAAUGACCGAAAUAGGCUGCCAAGGAACCCAAGAGAAGAAAUUUCUUGGGAAUCGCCCAGCCCAUCUACUACAUUACCUUUGAAAUAUCCUGAAAAUUCCCCACACUCUCCCGAAAGAGAAGAAGGAGUUUGCAACUGUACCACUCACCGUAUGGUUUGUGAAUCACCAGAUGUAUUGAAGUCUGAAGGAGAGAAACAUGAUCUUGAGGCAUGUAGCUAUGAUGAUUUAUCUGCCAACAAAAAAAAGAAAAAGUCUCCACCACAGAGGCCACCACCACCAGACUGGGGGAAAUACAGAUUACAGAAACUGUCUCAGAGUGAAACAAUAGAUUUGGGAAAACAACCAUCGCAAUGCAAAUCAUCAGAUUUGGAAACACAUAAUCCUAGGAAUUUGCCUCAACAUGAAUCUCCAGUUGCAAACAAGAGUCGGUUUGGGAGACCACCUCAACACGAGUUGGAGAAUUUGGAAAAGGGCCAGAAAGAAUCUAGAUGUGAAUUGCCGGAUUUGGAAAAAUACCAGGCCAGGAAACUACCCCAUCAUGAAUUGGAGGACUUAGAAAAGUGCCAGUUCAAGAAAGUGAUCCAAAAUGAGUUGCCAGAUUUGGAAAAGUUGCAGCCCCAGAAAUCACCUCAACGUGAAUUGCUAAAUGUAAACAAGUACCGAUCUAGAAGUCUGGGCCAACAUGAAAUACCAGAUGUAGACAAGUUUCCACCCCAGAAACACUCCCAGCAUGAAUUGCCAGACGUGGAGAGGUAUUCAUCCCGGAAACUCUCCCAGCAUGAAUUGCCGGACAUGGACAGAUAUCCGGCCCGGAAGAUGUCCGAACAUGAAUUGCUGGACGUGGAGAGGUAUUCAUCCCGGAAACUCUCCCAGCAUGAAUUGCCAGACAUGGACAGAUAUCCGGCCUGGAAGAUGUCCCAACAUGAAUUGCCAGACAUGGAGAGGUAUCCACCCCGGAAGCUGUCCCAACAUGAAUUGACAGAUGUGGAAAGGAUUCCACCCCGGAAGCUGUCCCAACAUGAAUUGCCGGACAUGGAGAGGUAUCCACCCCGGAAGCUGUCCCAACAUGAAUUGACAGAUGUGGAAAGGAUUCCACCCCGGAAACUGUCCCAACAUGAAUUGCCAGACAUGGAGAGGUAUCCACCCCGGAAGCUGUCCCAACAUGAAUUGACAGAUGUGGAAAGGAUUCCACCCCGGAAGCUGUCCCAACAUGAAUUGCCGGACAUGGAGAGGUAUCCACCCCGGAAGCUGUCCCAACAUGAAUUGACAGAUGUGGAAAGGAUUCCACCCCGGAAACUGUCCCAACAUGAAUUGCCAGACAUGGAGAGGUAUCCACCCCGGAAGCUGUCCCAACAUGAAUUAACAGAUGUGGAAAGGAUUCCACCCCGAAAACUGUCCCUGCAUGAAUUGCCGGACAUGGAGAGGUAUCCACCCCGGAAAAUGUCCCUGCAUGAAUUGUCGGACGUGGAGAGGUAUCCACCCCGGAAAAUGUCCCUGCAUGAAUUGCCGGACAUGGAGAGGUAUCCACCCCGGAAACUCUCCCAGCAUGAGUUGUCAGACAUGGACAGGUAUCUGUCCCACAAUGAAUUGCCGGAUUUGGACAAAUGUCCACUCCGGAAACCAUGCCAUCAUGAAUUGUUGGAUAUGGGCAAAAUUCCAUCUCGUAAACUAUGCAAACAUGAACUGCCAGAAAUCGAGAAGUACCAGAGCCAAACACUGUCAGAACAUGAAUUGCGAGAUUUACACAAAUACCAUUCCCGGAAACUUUCCCUGCAUGAAUUGCCAGAUUUGGAAAAAUACCAGUUCAGGAAACUAUCCUUGCGUGAAUUGCCAGAUUUGGAUAAAUAUCGGUUACAGAGAGAUGCUCAGUAUGAAUUGGAUCCUAUGUUAAUCUCAGAGCCCACAUCAAUGAGCUGGAAAAGGUCAGAACCAUUGACUGAGAGGGAAGCGUGGGCUUAUUCAGAUCUCUCUCCAAAUACUGGCUCAGCUGUGGACACCGCAACACAAUAUUCCCAUCCAUCACAAAUCUGUACAGAGUACUCAACAGGCUUUCAGUACAGGUAUCCAGGAUCCAGUUUCAUUAAUCCAAGAUGCUUAGUACCUUCCUCUUUAGUUCCUGUUUCAGGCGAACAUAUGAUCACUUCAUUGUAUAAUUAUAAAUCACAGAGGCCAAAGAUGAAAUUGGCAAUGCCCCUGCACAGUGAAGUCACACCAAGAAAUCAAAAAAUAAUGGAUUCAAUGGGAGCAGCAAUAUCCAGAGGAGGAAGAAACUGGCCUUUUGAAAACAACAUUCCACAAACAAUGAAUGAAGUCGAUCUGGGUUGUCAGCGAUGUGGGGAGUCGUACUCAAGUAUUAUCAGCAGGCAAGGUGAAAGGUGGGAAGAUUCAGAAAUUUACAUAAAACCUGUCAACAGAUCACAAAGAAACAUUAUAAGAAGACCCUCUUGGGAUCCUGGAGAAGGAAUUGAGACAGUGAGGUGCUGUCCAGAUGUAAAGAGCAGACCUCCCACUGAGUUGACUUCAGAGGAAUUAGUGAGAGAUAUUGCAGGGAAAGACCAAUCUCUGGCAGACAUUCUGGAUCCAAACUCGAAAAUGAAGAGCGCUUUGGAUGUGAUGGGUGGAAUCUUUCCAGAAAGCAAAGAGGAGCUGUCGCAGGCACGUGAGCGCAAGAAACGGAAUCCACUACAGUUGAGUCUGAAUAUUAACUCCGAGAAGGUUUCACUGCCGGCUACCUCUUCAACAAUGAUUGGCUCCACUACUUGUUCCACCUACUACAGCACAUCUGCUGCCAAGGCUGAGCUACUGAAUAAGAUGAAGGACCUUCCCAAAAUGGCAGAAGACUGUAUGGAAGAGGAUGAGGAAGAGGAAGAAGACAACAAGUUGAUAGAAAAAAAGCAACAAUUGAUCUGCAGUCUUAGCAGGAAACUCAGUGUAUUGCAUGAAGCCCAGAAGAGCCUCUUAGAAGACAUCAGUGCAAACUGUGCCCUGGGGGAAGAAGCAGAAAGAAUGGUGAACAAUGUCUGCAAACCAAAUGAGUUUGAUAAGUACCGAAUGUUCAUUGGGGAUCUGGAUAAGGUCGUGAAUCUCUUACUGUCUCUCUCGGGUCGUCUUGCAAGAGUGGAAAAUGCCUUAAAUAAUUUGGAUCCUGAUGCAAACGAGGAAGAAAGGCAUGCACUGAAUGAAAAGAAAAAGCAACUCACAGCACAACUUGAAGAGGCCAAAGAGCUAAAGGAACACGUGGAUCGCAGGGAACGCGCUGUCCAUGAUAUUCUGGUUAAGCAUUUGUCAGAAGAUGAGCUCCAGGAUUACACUCACUUUGUAAAGAUGAAAUCUGCUCUCAUCAUUGAGCAGCGAGAGCUGGAAGAUAAAAUCAGACUUGGUGAAGAGCAGCUCAAGUGUCUGAGGGAGAGCUUAUCUUAUGGAGCAUGCAAAGAUAACAUCUGAAAUCAGAGUAAUUUUUAGCCCAAGUUACUAACCACAAACCUUUCAAAUUCCAAAGCAAUGGGUUCACUUAUCAAAUGUGUUUCUAACCAGUGUUUUAAAAUGCUGAAUGUGAUUGAUGAUUGUGAAUUUCAGCCUUGCUUAUCAUGUUAUCUGUAGUUCUUCAGUGAAAAUAGCUCAUGUGAAAGUAAAUAAGUGUAGCUUCCAUGCAAUUGGUCAAGGCAACUCCUAUAAUGCUGGGUCAUAGAUAUUGGGAAGGUCCCAUUUUAAUUUUCCUUCUGAUAUCUUAGGGUAUGUUUAAAAACCUCACAUAGCUUAGAGUUCAGGAAAGGAGGUUACCUUGGAUUCCUGAUUAUUAUCCAGUAUGACUUCUGGGGCUGGGGGGCAGGUGCAGAAUCAAUGUUGGCUGAGCAGCAUAUUGAGUUUGAGUAUGAUGGUUCUUGCAGUUAGAUUGUCUGCAAAUAUUUCGACUUGCACAAAACUGAUGAAUUGAGCAAAGCACUCAAGGGCUAUCAGUGCAAUGUUAAGAAUCAGUGCCUUCAGCAGAAAAUUAUAAAAUGUUCAUAAUGUUGAUCGUAAAUUGAUUUGUUUUUGAAAUCUGCCAAAAUGACUCAAUUCAAUUUUCUAACAAUUUUCUAGAGUUGAGUUGCACCAUAUGCCAGCACCAGUGAGAAGCUGCAUACAAAGGACAUUCGUUCUUGGUUGCUGCUGUUACACUAAAUACUAUUUGUAAAUCAAUUUUCCCCCAAGUUUUUCUUCUUGUAGUUUUUUUGGGUGGUUCAGUGCCUACUAUUAAAUAGUUACACUUAACAUUGUAUAGGUCACUUGACAAAUCCUUGAUUUGAAAAAAAUUCUACCGGGCAAUUAUUUAUUAUGACUUUUAAUUUUUAUUACUUUUGAAGGUGUGUAAGUGCCUUUUUCAUGAAGGGAAUAAACUAGAUGGCCCACAAUGCAUUUUAAAAUGCCACAGUGCUGCUUUUGCAAUCAGAUCCAUUAUAUUGUUUGUAUACAAAUAGCAGCCCAAAGCUUCAUGUUGUUGCUUAAAGACAAGAAUUAUAACAUUAUCAUUGAGAGAUAACUUAAUAUUAUAUAUAAUUCAAAUAAAAACACUUCUGAUUUCUGCUGAUGUUUUAUUAGUAAACCCGACAACCAGUGUAAAAAUAGCGAGAUAAGCUAGAAAAGUACUUAUCCUCAGCAGGGUGAAAGACGAAAAUCAGUUACUGAUCCAUUUUCGGUUAUCUUUGCUGAAAUGUGUGCCUGUUAGCUAAGAAUAAGAUUAGGUCUUACUCUAAUAAUUUUCUAGCAUAAUCAAGCCCAAGGAUGGUGGUCAUUUGGGCAAAAUAUUCUGCACAGCUGGCACAGUGAGGGCAUCAGAAAUUACCAACGUGAUGCUUCUGAUUUAAAAAAAAAAAGACACUUCACUUUCAGGUUAAAAGUUUAGUGAAAUUGCUCAUUAAUCUCAGAACCAUUGAAUAUUUCUGAGUUCAUUGGCAGAUAGAAUUUGGUACGUGGUUACCUCAUUCCAAAUGGCUAUAGCAUGCUGUGGAAAUAUAAUAGAGCAAUGUUGUUUGUGGCAUCUAUAGGAAGAUGUGACAGCAUUGCAGUUACAACUGUUUUCAUUCCAAUAAUAACUAAAGGCAGUUUCAGUCCUUUUCAUAAAUGAUGGCAUGUAUAUAUUUGGAAACUGGCAGCUACUCUCAUCAUUAAAAGUUCAAUUACAAUAAAUUUAAAGAUAGGCAUUCCAUUUACCAUCAGCAUUUGAAGAUGUAGUAAAAAGGAAUGUAGUGAUGUUUUCUUGGUAGGUGCAUUAGAAUAAAGGAGAAAUACAAAACUGAUAACGAGAACAUUUGAAUGAUUGUGCAAUUUAUGAUUUGCUAUGCAAAGUAUAAUUUCUCAUUCAUGGGGUUAUAAUGGCUUUUGUUCCAUGACAAUGCGUUGCAGGUUGAUUGGAAGUAACGGAAUUAAACAGUAAUUCUCAUGUUAAAAUUAGUAUUCAAAACUGGAGUUUCUGGAUUUUGACUUAAAAUUACAUGACAAUUUUUGUACAUUGGACUGCAGUCUACUGUAGUCCAUAAUACUUUAUCAGGGUACCUCAAUCAGCAUUUAGAAAUCUUUCUGCAAUGUUCUGUUAGUACAGUUUACUGCUUGAAGCAUUUCAUUCGAAAAUUGGCAUUGAAGUAAAUUUCCCAGCUGUAUAGCUAAUUAAAGCAGUAAAACUGAAGGAGAAAUUUAGGAUCUGGAAUACUGAGAAUUAGAUUUCCCAGAGAUUUGCCAAAUUAAAUCCUGGGGUCUGUAUUUUAUUUUAUUAUCUCAGGUUUCCCCAAAUUAAAUCAACCAGAUUGAAAGCUGAUUGUAUCAUGUGUGUGCCAGUGGCUCCAUUUUAAGAAUCUAUGAUUUGAAGUCACCUGAAGUAAGUUGGAGAUAUACUGUGGUGCAAAGUAAAUGAGGACAAAUACCCAGGAUAGUAUUGAUGGCAGAAAGAUGAUUGGGGGAGCUAGUGUGCAAUGAAGAGUGUAUAGACAGCAAAGGUAAUUUAUUGUUAAAGUUUUGUGUUGAGCUGGAAAUUCUCUUGUCCCUUUUACCCACACAGAAUUAACCUCAACAAAACCAUUAAGCCUUCCAUCUGGCUCGGGGAACCUGCUCUACGGAUCUUUUAAAAAAUAGUUUGGAUAAAAGGAGACCUUCACAGCAUCCUUCAACAAAAAUUCAGUGCCAGUCACCACCCAAAUUUAGAUUAGUUAUACUGGCCACCACCCUGCCUUCCUUAUACCAGAAAUGGUCAGGUUGAAAUUGAGUUGGAUAGAAUGCCCAUUUAUUAUUGCAUUUUUACCCACCUCAGCAUCCUAAGCAAUAGGGUAAUCUUACCCUAACAUGAGGCUUGAUUAAUAAAGUUCUUCAUUUGUUGUGUGAAGCUCAGAGACUAUUCCUUAUUAGUGGUGAAUAAACACUGAAAUUCUAUAAUGUUAAUAUUUUCUUUUAAUCACAUUCUUUAAACAUUCUGCUUUUUAAAUGAUGUGUGGGAUUUCUUUAUUCUGUAUUGUAUUAAUCAUGUCACAAAGCAGAAAAAUAAUUUGCCACUAAUGACAGAUUAGAAAUCACAGGUCAGUCCUUUAUGUUUUAGGUAUAAUCUUUACAUUCCUCAACUUCUAAUUCAGAAUAUAACCAAUUCAGAGAUGAUAAUCCUCCAAUUAAAAUAUUACAAAAAUGUCAUACAAAUGUAUAUUAAAUCAACCAGCUCUGCACUCCCCCCCUUUUCACUUUCUUUCCCUUACUCAUGUUCUUGCCCCCAACGUUAUUUGAGAUGUGGGAGAUUUCUAUGUGAAAAUUAUGUUUAUUUUUAAAAAGGGUAAAUUGAAUCAUCUUUUGUGUAGAUCAGAGUUGUAAUCUAUUUAUAGUACUGUUUUAACAUUUCAGUCCAUUCUAUUGAGUCAUAAUUAAGCAGCUAGAUGUUGAAAAUCAUCAACUUGCCCACCAAUUUGAUUGUUCACUGAAGCUGCGGUAAUUGAGAACUUAAUCAACCCCAGUCCAUCCUAGACUGCAUAACAUCAUUUAUCCACUAGGUGGUGACACAGUUCUGUUUAAGCAGCAAUCCAAAAAACGGUAUGCUUCCACUUGAGAGAGUACAAAUAUAUUGCAAGUGUAUUUCCAAAUCAUGUUUGAGAUUGAACUGUGGGGAAAACUAGUGUUUGGAUGCAGCACAUAGGGAAAAUUACACCUACUAAUAUCUGUUUAUUAUUUUAGUCAGAACCCUGAAUUAUGUCCCUUGUCCCAAAGAUGACUCAAUUUCCUAGAAUUUUCCAAUGUCAAUACACAGAGUUCUCACAUAACUAUAUUCUCCUAAGACAGUGAAGGAAACUAUUAAACUCUCUGAAUCAUUGUCAAGCAGGCACCUCCCAGUCUCCACUCAGCCCAGUUAAACCCAGCUCUCAUCCACAGCCCUUGUUCACCCUGCGAAGCAGCCAGCCUCAACCAGUUGCACUUGGCCUUCAAUUACCUUGUUGCCUUGUCCUGGUAAGUAUCUGAUCUCUCUUGUUUUGAGGACUCUCAUGGCUUUCUAUUUUGCAGUUUAUUAGCAAAAUAUUGUUUACUGGUAAAAGCAUCUCCACUGCUCUACAUUUCUUGACAAGAUGAGUGAGCCAAUGAUUAACCCAGCAGAGUACGUUUGCCUAAAAGAAGUUGUCUACGGACAGGAGUGAAGCAGUGUCCAUCUGCUCACCACUCAACCAGAUCUCCAUCUCGAUACAGCAAUGCUGUCCAGUCAACCUCCUCCCUUGAAGCCCCAAAUUCCAGUACCCAGUCGCUUCAACGCAUCCCCAACCCGACCCCUCAGCUUCCUGCCCUAGUGCACUUCAGUUCCACCUAUCUGUUUUAUAGACCAAGUUAAGAUUGUCAUCUCUCUCUUGACUGGCCAAGCUCUGACCUGGGCUGCUGCUAAAACCAUUAUUUACAAUAAAUAGGAGGAACUCACUGCUGAGAUGCUGCGGGGAUUUGACCAUCCAGAAAGUGGAAGGGGGGCAGUGUAUCAGAUACUUUGCCUGUGUCGAGGUUCACGCUAGGUACUGGAUUACAUGGUGGAACUCAGGACCCUCGUGGCACAAUGCAGCUGGAAUGUAGAAGCACUGCGGGCCCAUUACCAUCAUGGCCCUUCAGAGCACUUAAAAGACUACCUGUUUACCUGGGAGAUGCCCACCAACUACGAAGGUGUCAUCUCUCUGGCCCUCCAAAUUGGCAAGUGUCUUGUGGAACAACCCUCCAAAUCACCAACCAAACCCCAGUUCCAUUCCCAGAGCUGCUUCAGACUGCAGGACCCUCAUUAUCAAUGCUUCCAGAACCCAUGCAGGUAGGGAGAGCUCCCUUAACACCCCCAAGAGCAUGAGCAUUGGUGGGAAAACAACUUUGCAUUUACUGCAAAGUCACCAAUCACCAUUGCAUCAAAUGCCUUCUGCAUCCGGGUAAACAACAUCACCAGUAAAGACGAGGCGUCUUCUAUCUGGUAAGCUCCACCCAUCCUCUCGUUGUAACACCAUAGUCCAACUCUCUCCCUCUGUCGUCCAGCACACCCUAUGCACACAGAAGGCUCUGAUAGAUUCUAGCGGAGCAAGCAACUUCCUGGACUGGACUUUGUGUGUGCACAGCUUGGACUUUCUACCAAGCCUAUCUUUCACCCAUUCAGCAACAUGGCCAUUGACACACGUCCCUUGUGGUUCUGCAUUGUCGGAGUGUGUGCACUGUCUGUACACGUGGGCAUAGGAGAGUGUCCAAUUCCUCCUGAUCAACUUGCCCUACUAUCCUCUUAUCUUGGGUUACCCCUGGCUCUCCUCUCAUGACCCUCACUUUGCCUGGUCAUCCGGUUCACUGCUGAGUUGGGGACCCACCUGCCUGCAAACUCAGUUGACUUCACCCCAUAAAUCCAUGGAGACAGAGAAAACUCUCAACCUCACCAAACUUCUACUGGAAUACCACAACUUCGUCAUUGCCUUCAGUGAGAAAAGCCAGCACCCUGUUGCCUCAUGGACCAGCUGACACACCUGACAAUUGCAUGUACGUGUUGGUGACCGUGUGCUCUUAGACACUCCAGUGGGCCUACUCCUCAACCCUCUCCGGAAAGCCAGGUGCAUCAGAGACUGGAUUUUCUGCGACACUGGUUCUGAUGACCACUAUGAUGGCAGAUGUACAUCAGUUCAUCACUGUCUGCACCCAAUGUAUCCAACCAACAGCCCUCAGGACUCCUGUGUCCCCUGAUGCCUGUGGUCCUACAUCACAAUGGAUUUUGUCACGGGUUUGCUACAGUCCAAUGGGGUCUUGUUGAUCAUAACAGUGAUGAACCAGUUCUUCAAGGUAGCCCACUUCAUUGCUCUCCCCAAACAUCCAUCAGCUGCUGAGAUGGUGGACCUGCUUCUCCAGUGCGUAGUUUAACUCAGGACAGUGGGGUCCACAAUUUUGUCUCCCACUUCUGUUCAGCCCCCUUCUCCCUUCUCCGCACCUUAGUGAGUUGUCCUUUCGCUAUCAUCUGCAGACAGAUGCUCAAUUUGAAAGAGAAUCAGCAAAUGGAGAAGUUCCUUCAAUGCUUCAUUACCCCUAACUCUUCUACAUGGAAGAUGUAUCUGCUCUGGACUGAACUGUCCCACAAUCUGCACACCUCUGCCACAGGUAUAUCACCUUUUGAAGUGCUUCAAGGCUACCAACCCCAUUAUUCCCCAUGGAGGAGUCAGUGGUGGCGGGUUUGCUGAGGCUGGAAUGCGUGGAAGAGGGCACAGAGGACGCUCAGCGAGACUAUUCCAGGGUGGGGACCGUGGAUCCCUGUCCACUUGAGAUCAGCCCCUGCACACCACCCCCACGUUCUUGCCCCGAUUCAUUGUCCCCUUGAAGAUUAUCCAUCGCAUCAACCCAGUCACUUAAUAUCUCCAGCCCAUAGGAUCACACCUACUUUCCUUGUGUCCUGCCUCCGUGGACCACUCAACCCACCAGAGCCUGCACCUCCAGAACCAAGGAUGGUGGAAGGUUGUUGUUGUGGACAGGGUGUGCAGUACCUGGUCAACUGGGAAGGUUAUAGGCGGGAAGAGAGGUCUUGGGUGCCAUCCAGUUUCAUCUUGGAUCCAUCACUCAUUGAGGAGUUCUAUCAGAACCAUCCAGAUAACUCUGGGCCAUCAAAUGCUGGCCAUAGGAGGGAUGGUCCUGUCAGGUGUGCACAGGCAGGUACCUCCCAGUCUCCACACAGCUAAUAAGCCACCUGUUAUUCAUUUCCAACUCACCACCUGCAACCUAUUUAAACCCAAUUCUCAUCCACAGCCCUUGCUCAACCACCAAACCAGCCAGCUAAAACCAGUUGCUCCUAGCCGUCAGUUACUUUUGUUAUUAAACUGCAAAAUAACAAGCCACAAGGGGCCACAAAAGAAAAGAGAACAGACACUUAACACAACAAAGUAUCAUUUACUGCUAAAAUAGUCUCUCCUGCUCUGCUUUUGGGUCGGUCCUCUACAUUUCCUGGCAGUCAACAUCUGAGUUAUUCCCCCACUUAUUCCCAGCAGCUUUGGGAUUUGGGAGAAAACUGGAGAACAGAGAAGAAACCUAGGCAUUCACAGGGAGAUCAUGAAAACCCCCCACAACUUCAGAAGUCACAAUCGAAUUCAGGCUGACCUCGGAAGCAGUGAGGCACCAAGGCUACAGUGCUAACCGCAGUUUCAUUACAUGCAAAUUUCUCUGAUCAUGAACAUGCCAAAAUAUUCAAUUGCUCAUUGAAAAAAAGCUGAACCUCACGCAAUAAGAAAAUGAUCAUGCAUAUUUCCUACAUUCACAUGAUUCUUCUACUGUUGGUGAUAUACAGUCCAAAAUUUAGAGCAGCAAACCCUAGUUUCAUGAGAUCAGUGCGACUGUGAUUCCUAAACUUUGAUAUUUUCUUGUUUUUUUUUAAAGUAGGCUUCUUUUUGAGACAUUUUGCGACAUUUUUGUCAAAAUGAAAGUUCAGUCAGACUACCUUGAACACAAUUUGAAUUCUGAAUUAUCAAAGCCAAAAUUUAAGUGAUAUCUUUAAAAAAUCGUACAUCUCCUUUCCAUUUCAAUCAUUUCCUAAUUUAUUAUAAUUCUUUAAUUCUAAUUUAUGUUUAGUCAGAAAAGCAUUCUAUCUAACAUAUUUCUUUCUCUUCAAAAUAUUAAUUAAAUUUACCAAUUGUUUUGAGUUUUUAUUCCAGGUAUCACCUAGUUUAAAAUUAAAAACAAUAUUUAUUAAAAGUGUAAAACUCACCUCGAGGAUUUUGAACCCUAGAGAUUCCAAGAUUUAGAAAGCUCCUUCACAAAUGUAACCAGCCGUGUGCACCAGUGUUUAAAGAUAUAAAAAUUGCAUUUUCCAACUUGCCUUCUUUAGCUUGUAUAUAUAGUAUUGCUGUGUUAUUCUCAAUUGUGGAGUCUCAACCCAUUGGCUUUAAACUAGGUUGAAGGUGACACUAACAAAGCCAAUCUGUAGGAGUCUGUGACUGAAAGAAUGUGGUGUUAUUUGAUCCAAUCAUAACCAGCAGAUUGAUCCUCUCAGUAUCUUCCCCUGUGAAGGUAGUGUGGUGGUGAGGGUUGUCUGUGGAAAGGGGUGGUGGAAUGGUCUGUAUUUGUUCAGGAUGGAGCCAAGAGUUAUUGUUAAAGGAAAUCUUUUAAAUGUACAGAUCCAUAUAUUUCCUGAACUUUCCAUGAUAUCUUGGAUAAGGUAUGGUAGCUCAUCCCAGGUAUAUUAAAAAGUGAGCAAAGUAAAGAUCUUGAAGAAUUUAAUCAUAUCUGUGCAAAAUUAUCACCUUGCUUUGAGAAUCUCCAAAUGCUUGUUAUUGAAAAUAGACUUCAGUAUUCUGAGCACCAUCUUGCUCUUUCAGUUGGUGUUUUGUUGUUGCUGGCUUGGAAGUAUUAUUGUAAUGUCGUUAACCAUUUCUGAGAAAGUUGAUUUGAUGGUGUAGGACUGUAUAGGGGUUCAGGAUUGUGGGAUACAUAUUUGCAUUGGCAAUGACAGGUCAACAAUAGCCGUGCAAUAUCUGGGAUGAUGUAUAAUAGAAAUGGGACAAUUUUUGUG